AUGUCCGAGCAGAACCAGGUUCAAGACAUCGUCGUCGUCGGUGGUGGUGGUGCGGGUUCGAUCCUCGUGCGCCAGCUGCUGCCCAAGUUGAAUGCCAACCACCGCCUCACGCUCGUCAAUGCGCGUCCUUUCCAUUUAUUCUUGCCUACGACGGUGCGCAUGGCCGUGACGGACCAUGGCAACCUUGAAGACCGCGUGCUCCUGCCAUUCGACAACCUCCUGGGCGACAAAGGCAAACUCGUAGUCGACACCGUCACAUCCAUCGAACCAUCCUCGGCACCCUCCGGCUCCACAAAGGCUCCAGGCGGCCACGUCGUGCUCAAGAGCGGCGAGCGCCUACACUACGACGUCCUCGUGCUCGCGCCCGGCACCAAACUCGCAAGCCCGCUCGACUACCCCGACACGGAGGACGAUGUGCGCGCGUACACCAACGAAUGGCGCAAUAAGAUCAAGGAGGCGCAACAUAUUGUAUUCUCUGGUGGAGGGCCGGUCAGCGUCGAGCUCGCGGGCGAGAUCAAGGAGUAUUUCCCGGAGAAAAGCACUACGAUCGUCCAGUCCCGCAAUCUUCCCUUCACCAACGCUUACCCCGAUAGCUUUCGGUCCCGCAUCUUGUCGGAGGCGCGCGAGGCUGGGAUCGAGUUCGUGUUAGAGGACUAUCUUGAUGAGGCGGAGCCACAUGAUGGACAUGUAACGACGCGGAAGGGGCAACAGCUACGCGCUGAUCUCAUUAUCACCGCGCAUGGAGGUACACCCAAUACGCAGUUCGCUGCAAGCUUGGGCGAAAGUGCGCUCGACAAGUACGGACAGAUUCGGGUUCGAGACACGUUGGAGCUCAUUGAUUAUCCUGGCAUCUUCUGCGUCGGCGAUGCUGUAUCGAACGCGGAGCGCAACCGCCUGGGCAAGUACCCGCGCCACGCACGCGCCGUGGUGCCAAACCUGCUCGCCCGUCUCGCAGGUUCCGAACCCAGCAGCACAUACAGCGGAAGCAUAGAGACUCUGAGAGUGAGCAUUGGCAGCGACCGAGGCGUUAUGACCUUCGGCGCACCAUGGUUCUGGCCGUGGGGCAUCGUCCUCGGGAGCUGGAUGACCGUCAAAGCGCAAAGCCGCGAUCUCAUCUUGCCGAAGGGACAUCGUCUUAUGGGUCUGGGCCAUGGAUGGUCCAAGGCCAAGAAAGAGGAGUAG